AGCUCCAUCUUUGUUGGGAGGAUUUGACAGGAGCUUUGACCUGAGUGGAAGAGGAGGACGCUCAGGACACGGAGCUGAAUAAAUAUGAGCCCACUCCCGCAUUUACGAACCGGGCUUCCCGAACUGCUUCUCGAAUAGUGUUUUCCGCGCGGCGGAAGGUUUUUUAGUUUACUACAAAAUCACCAAAAUGCCACAUUUUGACGCCCCGGACUGGUGAGAACGCCGGGGAGCUGAUGGGACCCACGGUUUAAAUUAAAUCCUCAUCGGUGAAUGCCACUGUUUGGGAUACGGAGACCGUGAGACAGGCGGAAGUGAGGUGGACAUGGCCGACAGGACUGCUCCCAACUGCCACCUGAGACUGGAGUGGGUGUACGGGUACCGGGGACACCAGUGCCGCAACAACCUCUACUACACCGCCGCCAAGGAGAUAGUCUACUUCGUGGCCGGUGUGGGAGUGGUUUAUAACACCCGAGAGCACAAGCAGAAAUUCUACCUGGGCCACAAUGACGACAUCAUCAGUUUAGCGCUGCAUCCCGAGCGAGUGUUGGUAGCCACGGGGCAGGUGGGCAAGGAGCCGUACAUCUGCGUGUGGGACUCCUACACUGUGCAGACAGUGUCCAUUCUCAAAGACGUGCACACUCAUGGCGUUGCCUGUUUGGCAUUUGACCUUGAAGGACAGUGCUUGGUGUCGGUGGGCUUGGACUCUAAAAACACAAUCUGCGUGUGGGACUGGAGGAGAGGCAAAGUUCUGGCAGCUGCACCAGGCCAUACGGACAGGAUAUUUGACAUAUCGUGGGAUUUGUACCAGCCGAGUAAGCUCGUGAGCUGCGGAGUCAAACAUAUCAAGUUCUGGAGCUUAUGCGGUAAUGCCCUCACACCCAAACGUGGAGUUUUUGGCAAGACUGGGGAUCUCCAAACCAUCCUCUGCCUGGCAUGCGCCAAGGAUGAGGUCACAUAUUCCGGCGCCUUGAACGGUGACAUCUACGUGUGGAAAGGGAUCAACCUAAUGAGGACGGUGCAAGGGGCUCAUGGGUCAGGGAUUUUCAGCAUGAACGCUUGCGAAGAGGGUUUUGCCACCGGGGGACGAGACGGUUGCGUCCGCCUGUGGGAUCUCAACUUCAAACCAAUUACUGUCAUUGAUCUCAGGGAAACGGACCAAGGAUAUAAAGGGCUGUCUGUCCGUAGCGUUUGCUGGCGGGGAGACCACAUCCUUGUGGGGACGCAAGAUAGUGAGAUCUUCGAGGUGGUGGUGCACGACCGCAACAAGCCUUUCCUUAUCAUGCAGGGUCACUGCGAGGGUGAGCUGUGGGCGCUGGCCGUGCAUCCCACCAAGCCUCUCGCUAUGACAGGCAGCGAUGACCGCUCAGUCAGGAUAUGGAGCCUUAUUGAUCACGCGCUGAUAGCUCGUUGUAACAUGGAAGAGCCGAUCCGCUGUGCAGCCGUCAGCACUGACGGUAUUCAUUUGGCCCUGGGAAUGAAAGAUGGCUCGUUCACUGUUCUCAGAGUCAGAGAUAUGACAGAAGUGGUCCACAUCAAGGACAGGAAGGAGGCUAUCCAUGAGCUGAAGUAUUCUCCCGAUGGCGCCCAUUUGGCCGUCGGCUCCAAUGACAACUCGGUGGAUAUUUAUGGUGUUGUGCAGAGGUACAAGAAAGUAGGCGAGUGCAUUGGCUCCAACAGCUUCAUCACGCACAUGGACUGGUCCACAGACAGCAAGUUCCUGCAGACCAAUGAUGGCAGCGGCAGGAGGCUGUUCUAUAGGAUGCCAAGUGGUAAAGAAGUAACCAACAGGGAAGAACUUAAGCUGGUGCAGUGGGCAUCAUGGACAUGUGUUUUGGGCCCUGAAGUCAAUGGAAUAUGGCCGAAAUACUCCGCUAUCAAUGAUAUUAACUCUGUGGAUGCUAACUUCAAUAAUCAAGUCUUAGUAACCGCUGAUGACUAUGGAUUAGUCAAGCUUCUACGAUAUCCCUGUAUAAAAAAAGGUGCAAAAUGUAAAAAGUAUUUAGGUCACUCGGCCCAUAUUACAAAUGUAAGAUGGUCACAUGACUACCAGUGGGUUAUAAGCAUCGGUGGAGCAGAUCACUCGGUGUUCCAGUGGAAGUUUGUUCCGGAGAGAAAAUCAAAAGAAGAGCUGCAUAUUGCACCUCAAGAGACCUUGGUGGACUCGAACAGUGAAGAGUCAGACUCCGACCAGUCUGAUGUGCCUGAGAUGGACUCUGAAAUUGAGCAGGAGACACAGCUCACGUAUAGAAGACAGGUUUAUAAGGAAGACCUACCUCAGCUUAAAGAGCAGUGCAAAGAAAAAGAUCGCGCAAUCGCAAUGAAGAAGCGAGAACGAGCACCUGGCAGUGGAUUGAAGCUCCACUUUAUUCAUGGCUACAGGGGCUACGAUUGCAGAAGCAAUCUGUUCUAUACCCAGACGGGUGAAAUCGUCUACCAUGUGGCAGCUGUGGGGAUCGUGUAUAACAGACAGCAGAACACCCAACGUUUCUACAUGGGUCACGAUGAUGAUAUCCUCUGUCUGGCCAUCCACCCCCUCAAAGACUUUGUAGCAACAGGCCAGGUGGGACGAGAUUCGUCCGUCCACAUAUGGGACACGGAAACGUUAAAACCAAUGUCUGUGUUGAAGGGUUUCCAUCAGUUUGGAGUCUGCAGUUUGGAUUUUUCAGCGGACGGCAAGCGCCUGGCCUCGGUGGGCCUGGAUGACAAUCACACCAUUGUGCUUUGGGACUGGAGGAAAGGGGAAAAGCUCUCAGUCAUGUGCGGAAGCAAAGACAAGAUCUUUGUCGUGAAAAUAAAUCCCUACUUGCCUGACAAGCUCAUCACUGCCGGUGUCAAACAUAUGAAGUUUUGGCACAAAGCGGGCGGUGGACUAAUUGGGCGAAAGGGGAGCAUGGGAAAGACGGAAACUAUGAUGUGCGCCGUGUACGGCUGGUCGGAGGAGAUGGUCUUCUCGGGCACGUGCGGCGGCGACAUUUGCAUCUGGAGUGACAUGUUCCUGAUGAAAACUGUCAAAGCCCACGACGGCCCCGUUUUCAGUAUGCACGCUCUUGAAAAGGGAUUUGUGACUGGAGGAAAAGAUGGUAUCGUGGCGCUCUGGGAUGACACGUUUGAAAGAUGCCUCAAGACUUACGCUAUCAAGAGAGCAGUCCUAGCUCCAGGCUCCAAGGGCUUACUUUUGGAGGACAACCCAUCCAUUCGUGCCAUAUCGCUAGGCCACGGCCACAUUCUAGUGGGAACUAAGAAUGGAGAGAUUUUGGAGGUGGACAAAAGUGGCCCGAUUACUCUUCUUGUUCAGGGUCACAUGGAAGGUGAAGUUUGGGGCCUCGCUACACAUCCCCAUCUCCCUCUGUGCGCCACUGUCAGUGACGACAGAACCUUGCGCAUAUGGGACCUCUCCCCCAGUCACUGCAUGUUGGCAGUGCGCAAGCUCAGGAAAGGUGGCCGCUGCUGCAGCUUCUCCCCUGACGGCAAAGCCUUGGCGGUCGGUCUAAAUGACGGCAGCUUCCUCAUCGUGAACGCGGACACCUUGGAGGACCUCGUGUCCUUCCACCACCGCAAGGACAUCAUCACAGACAUCAAAUUUUCUCCAGUUUCUGGCAAGUACCUCGCAGUGGCAUCAGGAGACACAUUUGUGGAUAUUUACAACGUAAUGAGCAGCAAACGAGUUGGAGUGUGCAAAGGAUGCCUCAACUCAAUCACCCACUUAGAUUGGGACAGGAGAGGAAAACUACUACAAGUCAAUACCAGUGCCAAAGAGCAGUUUUUCUUUGAGGCGCCACGUGGCAAGAGGCAAACAAUUGCUGCCACAGAGGUGGAGAAAAUCGACUGGAAUACGUGGACAUGUGUCCUCGGCACAUCGGUCGAGGGCAUUUGGCCUGUGAUCAGCGAGGUCACUGAGGUGACCUCUGCUUGCCUUAGUCAUGACAAGAAGGUGCUCGCUACGGGAGACGAUUUAGGAUACAUCAAGCUCUUCAGACACCCCGUCAGGGGCAAGUACGCAAAGUUCAAGCGCUACGUGGCACACAGCACGCAUGUUACAAAUGUGCGGUGGACCCACGAAGACAGCCUAUUGGUGACGGCCGGCGGAGGAGACACGUGCCUCAUGAUCUGGGCCCAUGAAGCUGAGACCCGCAGGGAGCUGAGACAGUGUGACAGCGAGGAGUCUGACAUCGAGAGUGAAGAUGAUGGAGGUUACGAUAGCGAUGUGACAAAGGAGAAUGAGAUCAACUAUACCAUCAAAGCCUUAUCCACCAACAUGCGCCCCAUGACUGGUGUAAAACCUCACUUGCAAGUGAAGGAGCCUUCUGUAGAUGAGAGACAAGGUGUGGUCAGUGGCUGAGGUGUUUUUGAAUUGCAGCAGCAGUGGGUACUGUUAGAAAUCAUUUGGAGUAAUUCUUCUUCUUUCUUUGCUAUUGCUACCAUGCAGAGGUUCAAGGUAAGCUCCUUGAUAUUUUCUUAUUAGAUUCAUUGUAUCACUCUAGCGGUUACAACACGACCUUGUGUGUUCUAGUCCAAGUAAAGUACCGUAUUUUACGCACUAUAAGACACAUCAGAGUAUAAGGCACACCUUGAAUGAAUGGUGUAUUUUAAAAUUGUUUUCAUAUACAGGCAGUCCGUACUUGACUUAUGUGAAUUCAAAUUUACGACACUGGAGUCUCGGCCGCCAUUUUUGUCUAAUUCUGGCAAGAGGGAAAAAAAACUACAGAAAUUAAGCGUUACAGUGAUCCCUAUCUACUUGGCGCUUCACACUUUGUGCCCUCAGUCCAUCGCAGAUAUUUUGCUUCAGUUAAAAAAAUAAAUAAAUACAGCUAAAUUGUCCUCUUGAAAAGAAACUGCUCUAUUUUAAGCCAAAACAACUGUUGUGUUUGAUAGAACAAUAUGCCUGUAUGCUGCCAUAGCAGAUUCAUGGCGCUUUAAGCCCCCAAACUAUUUUUCAUUUGUCCGUUUUACCUUGAAAACCCCCGUUUUCAGACGUCGCGCAACCGCUUUUGUUUCAACCCAGCCAUAAAACGAAGGUAAUUAAUUAUAUUCAAAAUGUCUGUCAUUUUUAGCUUGGAAUCAUUAAUUGAUGUCUAAUAUUUCGUUUAAAAAAAAAAAAAAAAAAAAAAAAAGAACACACUUUUAGCAACCUUAUUUCCGUUAUAUAAUGACUUCAGUUGUAUAGGUCAUUUAGAUUGUCUUCCCAUAUGUUUUAAUUGUUGUAAUUGACUCCACCAUUAAUAAGUGAAUUAUUUUCAUUAUGUUCAGACUAACUUGUACCUCUUUUCAAAUGCUGAAUGUGCCGGUUCAUUUUUUCUCUCCUAAAGGCACAUUUGAUUGGCUGAUGACUUGCCCCCCCCCUCCACACACUCACACACAGAAAUGAGAUAUUAGGGAUAUUAGAAGUUUUUUCAGCCUUUCAGUAAAAAGACGUCAAUGUUGUGGAAGUGGGGAACACACCACUAAUUUGGCUACUAAAAGUCCGACCUGCAUCAGAGUUACCAUAACAUUAAACUGUGUGAACUUGCUAACCUGCAAAACUAUAGGAAACUGCUCAGAGAGAAUUGUCCUCCUGUAUGUGUUUUCUACUGUUAACGUUAAUUAAACUGUGAGAAAUGUAGUGAACCGAGUUUUAGCCACUUCUCCCCAAUUUUACUUUUUAUUUUAUUUAUGUGGUCUUAAAGCAGCUCACAGGAGCUUUCAUUUUUUUGUUGAGUUUGGCUGUGCUUGUGGAAAAAAACAGUAGUGUUUUACCUGAAGGACAGCUCCAUUUUUAUUUUUUGUUGUUAUCCCUGACAAAGACGUUUUUUUUUUUUUUUCAGGUAAAUUUAAUUUCUUUAUUUAGACAAUGUUGCGUGGUCUUAAGACAAAUUGUUAUUUUUUUGCAUUCCUGGAGAGUUAAAAGAUAAUUAACAAGCUUGUAUUAAUUGUGUAUGCUAAUAUAAUUUAUGUUCAAAUAAUGCAGUUUAAAUUUACUCAUAAAUUCAGGCAUUUUUUCUGGAAGUUUUCAAAAUGUUUUAGUAAUUUUUUUAAAACAAAGGUUUGAAUUGAACAGUGUAGGCUGAACCAAUACACAUAAAAGUCAGUAUAAGUCCAUACAGAUCUAUUUUGCAUUGCUCAUUAAGAAUGUCCCGUCCCCAGCAAAAGUGUACAUGCAGGUUAUGCCAAUACCUACCAAUGUUGAGACCAAACCUACGCCUUGCUCUCAAGUAAACGUAACGGAGUAAAUGUAGCGCGGUACUACCACCUCUGGUUAUGACCAAGAACCACAAAUUCUCCACCUUCAUGCAAAUGACGAUUAUUACAAUGAAAGCAGCCUGUGUAAUAAAGCAGUGUGUUUCAGGCCUCCUGUUAGCAGAGCCCUGCCACAGCCUGAGAAGCUGCAGACCAACAAUGUCGGCAAAAAGAAGAGACCCAUUGACGUAAGAUAACUUAAUUUUUUCUCCCAAUAAAAAGACAUCAUUACAAAAACUGUAAAUCAGGGAUGUCAAACUCAUUUUGGUUCGUGGGCCACAUCCAAGGCAAUUAGAUCUCACUUUUUUGGCCAAAAAUAAACUAGAAUAACUUAUUGGCUGUCAUUGACAGUGCUCGACGUCCAAUCCAUUUUGACUGACGGGGGAGAAUGAACGUCUUGUGCCGUCAAUAGCGCUGGAAGAUGAGCAUUCGUAGCCAGUCCUUUCACUUUAAGUGAAUUGGAUGUCUAUCGUUGUCAAUGGCAGGGAAUUUUUCAUCAAUUCCUGUAAUUUUGAGAUAGUUACGGGUCACCUUCUGUAAAUCAUUUCCUGUUGUUUUUUCGGAUAUAUCCUGGCUGUUUCCUGGUGAUUUUAGGGCAUUUCCAGGUGACUUCCUGAUGUUUUGAUGUCAUUUCCUGUUGGUCUUGAGUGAAUUCCUUUUUAACUCAUUGGCUGCCAUUGAUAGUGCUUGGCGUCCACUCCAUUUUGACCACUAGGGGGCGAAUGAACGAAUGUAAAUGCGGUCACGAAAGUCAGCCAAGUGCACCCGAUCACACAAAUCUAGGGUUUGAGGGCGCCAAUGUCGAAUUAAAAGUAUGUGAUUUUGUAUGUACAGUGGUAUGAAAAAGUAUCUGAACCUUUUGAAAUUUCUCACAUUUCUGCAUAAAAUUACCAUCAAAUGUGAUCUGAUCUUUGUCAAAUAACACAGAUGUAAAAACAACUUUAACUAAAACCACUCAAACAUUUUCAUAUUUUAUUGAGGAUAGUGCGCAAACAAUGACAGAAGGGGGAAAAAUAAGUAAGUGAACCCUCUGCCUAAAGAGGCUUAAAGAGGCAUUGAAACCCACUUUUUACCAAAUAAUUUAAGGCAGGUGUGUGCACAAUCACUGAUGAGUGGUUAAAAGUAAAAAUAAAAAUAAAAUAAAAAAGUUAAAAGUAAAAAUUGUCUUGAUGAGAAGCAUUGUCUGAUGUGCAUCAUGGCUCAGUCAAAAGUUCUGAAGACCUGAGAUCAAGGAUUGUUGAUUUGUAUAAAGCUGGGAAAGGAUACAAAACCAUCUCUAAAAGUCUGGAUGUUCAUCACUCGACAGUCCUCGAAGUUGUUGACAAAUGGAAAUUGUCACUGUUGCUUCUCUCCCAAGGAGUGGCCGUCUACCAAAGAAGACGCCAAGAGUUAAGUGCAGAAUGCUCAGAGAGGUAAAAAAGAACCAUAGAGUGUCUGCUAAAGACUUAUAUAAAUCACUGGCACAGUGCACACAUUAACUAUAUGUAAAACCAUGGCCAAAAAUGGUGUGCAUGGGAGGACUUCACGACGGAAGCUACUGCUGUUUAAAAAAAAACAACAACAAAAAACAUUGUUGCUCGUUUAUUGUUUAAAAAGGGACUUGGACACUCCACAGAAGUUAUAGCAAAACAUUUUGUGGACUGGUGAAACUAAAGUUGAAUUGUUUUGGAGUAACACACAAUGUCAUGUGUGGAGGAAAAACGGAACAGCUCACAAACAUCAAAAACCUCAUCCCCACCGUGAAGCAUUGUGGAGGGAGCAUCAUGAUUUGAGGCUGUUUUGCUGCCUCAGGGCCUGGACAACUUGCAAUCAUUAAUGGAAGAAUGAAUUCAAAAGUUUAUCAGGAUGUUUUGAAGGAAAACCGUAGGCUGUCCGUCAGACAGUUGAAGCUAAAAAGAGGACAAGACAAUGAUCCACAACACAGAAGUAAAUCAACUUCAGAAAAACCAAAUACACGUUCUGGAGUGGGCAAGUCAAAGUCUAGAACCCCAUUGAGAUGCUGUGUCAUGACCUAAAGACAGCUAUUCUUGCCAGACAGCCCAGGAAUCUGACUGAACUUCGGCAGUUUUGUAGAGAAGAAUGGGCCAGGAUUGGUCCUGAUCGAUGUGCCAGACUGAUCUGCAGCUACAGGAAGCGUCUGGUUGAAGUUAUUGCUGCUAAAGGUUGGACACAAAAUAUUAAAUGUGAUGGUUCACUUGCUUAUUUUUCCCCCUUCUGUCUUUGUUUGCAUACUAUACUCAUUAAAAUAUGAGAACCUAUAAAUGUUUGGGUGGUUUUAGGUAAAGCAGGCACUGUUUUUACAUCUAUGUGAUUUUGAGAAAGAUCUGAUCACUUUUGAUGGUGGUUUUAUGCAGAAAUGUGAGAAAUUCCAAAAUGCUCAGAUACUUUUUCAUGCCACUGUACAGUAUGAAUGAGCUACAACAUACCUGUGAGGAAGAAAAAUUGACUCCCUCGCAGGCCGCACAUUUGACCUGAUGUAAAUGGUAUAGAAUGAGGCCUGCUGAUCAGGGGCGUACUGGGCUGGGGGAUGAGUGGCCCGGGAGUCAUUGAAAGACCGUUCCACUUCAUGGACGGUGUUGGAAGUUACCCAGUAGGCAACACAAGUACCUGUACUUGUACCUUGAUGAAAAAAACAGCAGUUCAUGUCUUUUUUGACAAAAAUUAUAUAGUAAACUAUAACCCUAGCCCUGAAUUUGCCUGGAGUAAAAUAAUUACAACAGUGUAGUGUUGUAAAGCAUGUAUUCAUUUUAAUGCAAGUAGGUCAUUGAUACAAUAAACUAUAACAUGAGUAAACUAUUAGAGAACUGUAAUCUGAUCAAAGUACAUAUGUUGGACUUUUAAUUCAAAAUUUCUAAAUAUUGGUACUAUAAAAAUGAGUAGUCAAAGAGGUCUGCGACUCAUAUUCACCAACCUUUGCCAGAAUUUAUUUUUAUUUUUGGAUUUACAGUACUACAAAAAUGAGACUGUAACCUGUAACCAGAUCCAAGUUCACAUGUAGCACAUUUAUUUCAUUUUUCUAAAUGUCGGUCCAGAAAAAAUGCAGUUUUGAGUAUGUGAGAAGUCAGAGAGGUCCACUACUAAAAUUCACCAACCUUGGCCAGAAUGUAUUCAAAAUUGUGGAUUUACAGUACCGCAAAAAUGAGAACUGUAACCUGUUCAAAGGAUACAUGUAGAACCUUUAAUUCAUGUUCUAAAUGUUGGUACAGCAAAAAUGCAUAGUUUUGAGUAUGGGAGUCGUCAGAGAGGUCUACUACUAAUCUUCACCAACCUUGGCCAGAAUUCGUUCAGAUUUACAGGUCGAUUUACAGUGCCACAAAAAUGAGAACUGGAACCUACCAUCUACUAAAACGACCCGUUGCUCAGGGGAAUCACAGAAUACCCUACUUAUUUCUCCCAACACCGGCCCAUCAGCCCACCGGGGAAAUCCCCGGUGUCCCCGUAUGCCAGUCCGCCUUUGCUUUAGAUGUGUUACAGAACAGAAAAAUUGUUAUCUGACAUGAUUUCAUUAGAUAUUUUGUGUACUGCUAAGACAACCUGAUGCUUUUUAACGGAGUAAUUUCGGCUAAGAGCUGGCCAACGUGCCUUCUUGUUGUCAUGACAACCACCUUUCUGACUUUCCGAACGCCCGCUCUUAC